UAUUUUUUUUACGUUGACUAAUGGUUGCAUAUAAAAUAAUUUUGUUUGGAACGCUGAACUAGUUGUAAGGGUUCGGCGGGGGACUCCUUGGGGUGUUGCACUGCCACCGGAAGUUGUUGGUUCUGCUGCCACAGCUGAGGAUGCUGCAGCUCUUUGCGGCGUCGUUGAUCACAGUUGGUCGAGAUGACAUGAAGUUUUGAGUUUAUCGCCGCCGUUUAGGUCUCUGCUUAUCUGGGUACCAUGGCAACCAGGAUGAAGCUGAAGCUGAAGACUGUGUUUGUGCUCUACUUCACGGUUUCUCUGAUGGGACUCGUCUACGCUCUGAUGCAGCUCGGUCAGCGAUGUGACUGCACAGAGCACGACAUGGCUAAAGAUCGGGCCAUAUCUCGCCUGCGUGACGAGCUCCAUCGGCUUCAGGCUCAGAUCCGACAGCUGGAGGAGGCAAAACCACCCCAGAAGCAGCCUUCCAAGUCCUCCCUGCCCACCAUCUUUGUCAUCACUCCCACAUAUGCAAGGCUGGUCCAGAAGGCUGAGCUGACCCGUCUGUCCCACACAUUCCUCCAUGUUCCUCAGCUCCACUGGAUCGUGGUGGAAGACUCUCCUCAGAAGACGCCUCUUGUGACCGACCUGCUGAUGAAGAGCGGCCUGACCUACACACACCUGCACGUGCCCACCGCCAAGGAGCGCAAACUGCAGGAGGGUGACCCCAGCUGGCUGAAGCCACGCGGCGUGGAACAGCGAAACGAGGGCCUACGGUGGCUCAGAGAGGACAGAAGGGACGGCCAGCAGGGCGUGGUUUACUUUGCAGAUGACGACAACACAUACAGCCUGCAGAUAUUUGAAGAGAUGAGGAACACCCAGAGGGUGUCGGUGUGGCCGGUGGGGCUGGUUGGGGCCAUGAAAUUCGAGAGUCCCGUGGUUGAAGGAGGGAAG